GAUAACAGUUCGCUCUCGUCUUGUAGCCAAAUCCAUCAUCGAUUUCGUUUCGUCGUAGUAACAUACAAGUGGCUAGUGGCGCUAUCUUAUCGCUUCAUUAUUAUUAUUAGAAAGCCCUAUCAUCCAGUUACGCAACUUAAAAAGGCUAUGUAAGUAAUGCGUUUAUUACUGAGGCCGAUAGUUAUCGUUAGGAAGGCGCUGCAGGCGAACAGGAGCGUGCAGUUGAAACAUCCAUUCACAACAGCAUUAGUGUGGAGAGCCAUGGAGGAUAAAGAAUCGUUGAAGAAAAGAUUGACCCCACUGCAGUAUCAUGUUACUCAAGAAGCUGGAACAGAAAGACCAUUUACAGGUUGUUACAACAAGUUCUAUGAGGAAGGCAUGUAUUGUUGUGUAGUUUGUAGGCAAGAUCUAUUCACUUCUAAAACCAAGUUCGACUCAGGAUGUGGUUGGCCAGCAUUUAAUGAUGUUCUCUCCAAAGAAAAGGUUACUUUGCACCAGGACACAAGUGCAGUUGGAGCAAAUAUAUUACUGGUUUUAACACGACCAGGUUUGGUGCGAACUGAGGUGCGAUGCUCCAAGUGCUCCGCUCACCUGGGACAUGUGUUUGAUGACGGGCCAGCGCCCACACGAAAACGUUUUUGCAUUAAUUCUGCUUCCUUGGACUUCAUACCUGCUGAAGAGAGGAAAGACUAACGUGUUGCCACGUGAAAGAUAAUAUUAUAUGAACUAUGCCUUUUUUGUAGACUUAAGUAAUGCUUAAGUAAUGCUUUGAUCGUAUAAUUCGGCAGAAUUGAAUACUCGUAAUUAUAUAAAAAUCAAAUGUUUAAAUUUGCUUCUAAUGAAUCGAUACCUACAUGCUUGUAAUAUGGAAUCCGAAAUAUAUUUUUAUAGAAAGCGUCACCUCUGUGCCUACUAAUCAUAAUAAUUACUGUCUACGUGUUGCAAUUUGCGCAUCAAAUUCCAGAAGGUAUUAUUUUUGUAAAUUCCUUGCUACUUCGUGGCACAUAUUUUUUAAUUGAAAUACGGACAUAAUUUAGUUACCAUACCAAGUCAUAGUUAUUUUAAUUUUAUGUACACACCACCAUAGUCUCCUAUAG